AAAAAAGCAAAUCUCCUGGGGAGCUCAGCACCUGGGCAAAAAGAGUUGGGAAUUCCUAUUUCCAAUCCCCUGGGGCGGGGGAACGAAAGGCCUGGAAUAAACACCGCGCCGGGCUGGUAAGGCUCGACUCGCGAGGCAACUCUCCUGUGCUCCUUGCGGGGUUCUCUGGGUCCCCGGUCCCGCCCCUCCACCACCGCCGCCGCUGCGCCCCGCCCCGCCCGGCUCAGUCCCCGCAGCCUCGCGGGCUGCCGGGCUUUGUGGUUCGCCCGUGCGGCUGGGCCCCUGCUGGGGGUGUCGUUACGAGCAUGUGCAGACAGCAGCCCAAGCCUUCAGGAUAAUUCCUUCGGCAGCGCUGCUGUAACAGAGUGUGAGGAAGACACAGUCACUCUACAUGAAGACCAGACUGAUUGUUCCAGUCUCAGAGAUGAAAACAAUAAAGAAAAUUACCCGGACGCUGGGGCGCUCCUAGAUGAGCACCCGCCACUCUCGCGAGAGGCUCAGCAGCAUGCAGAGCAGACCUUGCUGGUGGACGGUGUGUUGAGACCCAGCAUGGGCAACUUCAAGUCCCGGAAACCUAAGUCCAUCAUCAAAGCAGACAACGGGAGGAGCCACGCAGAAAAUCAGGAGACAGAGCACGUGGUGUCUGGUCAGCCGGAGUGUCAGGGGAGAGCAGGCACGCCAGCUCAUGAGAAUCCACAAAACAACACCUCCAGGUGCCAAGAAACAGUGCGACUUCAACCAAGAAUAGACCAGAGGGCUGCCAUCUGGCCAAAGGACGCCUUGGAAACUCGGCAAGACUUUAAUGAGGAAGAAGCUGCUCAGGUGCAUGGAGUCAAGGACCCAGACCCAGCUCCCACGCAGAGCGUUCUAGCCGAGGGGGCGGAUUCUGCAGACUGCACACCACUCCAAAAAGACUGGCAGAAGGAAGCUGAUGACGGGCUGGAAGACCACCAGUCUUUUGGCCCCAGCAGGCUGCUGUAUCACAUAACAGAUGGGGACCAUCCGCUGUUGUCACCACGAUGCUCCAUCUUCAGCCAAAGUCAGAGAUUCAACUUAGACCCUGAGUCUGCCCCAUCCCCACCCAGCACUCAACAGUUUAUGAUGCCCCGAAGUUCUUCCCGAUGCAGCUGUGGGGAUGGCAAGGAGCCACAAACCAUUACCCAACUCACAAAGCACAUCCAGAGCCUCAAACGGAAAAUUCGGAAAUAUGAAGAAAAAUUUGAACAGGAAAAGAAGUACCGGCCUUCGCAUGGCGACAAGACGUCUAAUCCUGAAGUUCUGAAAUGGAUGAAUGAUUUGGCUAAAGGCCGUAAACAGCUCAAAGAACUAAAGCUGAAGCUAUCAGAAGAACAAGGGAGUGCUCCCAAAGGCCAACCUAGAAACCUGUCUUGUGAGCAAUCCACAGUCCCCAGAGAGAAUGGGAAGCCAGAAGCCACAGGUCCUGAGCCCAGCUCCUCUGGAGAGGAUACCACAGAUGCUGUGUUGAAAAGCCUAAAGGAGAAGAGAGAGCAGGUUACUCCGCCGGAGGAUCCUAAGGUAACUAAACAAGACAAGAGCCUCAUAAAGCCUCUUUAUGACCGAUACAGAAUUAUCAAGCAAAUCUUAUCAACACCGUCCCUGAUCCCAACAAUUCAGGAGGAAGAGGACUCUGAUGAAGAUGAUCCACAGGGAAGCCAUCAGUCUUGUUUACCAGAUCCAGCAUCUCACAUGCCUAUUGGUGACCACCUCCCCUACUCCAGUGAGAUUGAACCUGUUAGGGCCCUGCUACCAGAUGAAAAGAAGGAGGUCAAACAACCAGCCCUCUCCAUGUCCAAUUUACAUGAGGCCACCAUGCCUGUACUCCUUGACCAUCUCCGAGAGACUAGGGCUGAUAAGAAGAGACUUCGGAAAGCCUUAAGAGAAUUUGAAGAACAGUUUUUCAAACAAACCGGAAGAAGUCCACAAAAGGAAGACAGGAUCCCCAUGGCAGAUGAGUACUAUGAAUACAAGCACAUAAAAGCCAAACUGAGACUACUAGAAGUCCUCAUCAGCAAGCAAGAUGUGGCCAAAACUAUUUGAGGUCAGGAAAUGUUCGUGAUCACUUUCACCCA